CUGGCUAAGGUUGAGAGUGUGGCAAAAUCUUGCAAUGCAGUGGCCAUACUCUCCACCUCUUCAUACCAUGCAGCUGUUCGUAUGGCUACCCUUCGCAAUAUGGUUCUCCUACGGACCUACAAAGGCAAAGUUAUCCCUCAAUGGCCUGACCUCCCAUGGCUCCACACUGACUCCUGGACCAACAAAAACCCCACCAAAACUAAACCCCCAAGCUCCUGGUCAUGGCCCAAGAUUUCUCCAACAGAAGAACAAGAACAGGAAGAAUCCCUUCAACACAAUGACAAUGCAGUCAGCUUGAAACCGCAGCCUGAAGAAGUAUGUUUUCUGCAAUUUACUUCAGGCUCAACUGGGGAUGCAAAAGGAGUGAUGAUCACUAACGCGGGGCUUGUACACAAUGUAAAGCUUAUGCACAGGUACUACAAGAGCACGCCACGUACUGUGUUAGUAAGUUGGCUGCCACAGUACCACGACAUGGGGCUCAUUGGCGGCCUCCUCACAGCAAUGCUCAGCGGUGGAACUGCUGUUCUGUUUUCUCCCUUGACCUUCAUCAGAAACCCCUUGUUAUGGAUUGACACCAUGACUAAAUACAAGGCUACCCACAGUGCAGGGCCCAAUUUUGCCUUCGAGCUCCUCAUCCGCAGGCUGGAGAAUACUAAGAAAAAAGGGAUUGAAUUGUUGCAGGAAUAUGAUUUGUCAUCCAUGUUGUUUUUGAUGGCAAGUGCGGAGCCAGUGAGGCAUAAAACACUUAGGCGGUUUCUGGAGCUUCUGGGGCCUUGCGGACUGGGGGAGGAGGUUUUGGCACCUGGUUAUGGCCUCGCAGAGAAUAGUGUUUUUGUGUCUGUGGCAUGGGGUGCUGGGAAGCCCAUUUAUGUGGACUGGCAGGGGAGAGUCUGUUGUGGGUAUGUUGAACGCAAUGACCCAGAUGUUGAUAUAAGGAUUGUAGAUGCUGAAACAGGGGAAGAGGUAGCAGGGGAGGGAGUCGAAGGCGAGAUCUGGGUUAGCAGUCCCAGCGCAGGGAUCGGGUACUGGGGUCGGGAGGUCCAAGGAGUAGAGACUUUCAAGAAUAAACUUAAUUCAGGAACAAGAAACUAUACCAGAACAGGGGAUUUGGGACGGAUAGUGGCAGGAAAACUAUUCGUGACAGGGCGUAUAAAGGACAUGAUAAUUGUGAGUGGCAGGAAUGUAUACUCUUCAGACGUGGAGAAAACAGUGGAGACCUGCUCGGAGUGCAUUCGACCCGGGUGUUGUGCAGUGAUUGGAGUUCCUGAAGAGACCCUGGCUUCUAAGGGAAUUUCCCUAUCGGAAUCCUCAGAUCAGGUGGGCCUUGUAGUAAUUGCAGAAAUCAGAGAGGAAAAAAUGGUUAAGACGGAUGUUGCAGAGCAGAUUCGAUCGGCGGUAGCAGCUGAGCACGGGGUCGAAAUUGCCGCUGUAAAACUGAUCAAACCGAGAACCAUCUGUAAGACAACUUCUGGUAAAAUUCGACGGUUUGAAUGUCUCAAGCAGUUUACAGAUGAAACCUUGGACAUUGCCAGAACAACUCGCAAUGCGGCUGUUGUUCGGACAUUUAGUGGGAAGGACAGUCGUAAGUCUUUGCUUCCGCCCGCCAUGAAAAGGUCUCAGACCUUCAGUGGCUCCGAUUCCAAAGAGUAUUCUCCAGUUGAAAGCGUAGCAGAUAGAGUCCCCGGUAGAGAAGGGAUUCUACAGUUUCUAGUUCAUCUGGUGAGUGAGAAGACUGGCUUGGAGGCCUCUCAGAUAUCACUUGAUAAUAGUUUUGUAAAUUAUGGGUUAAGUUCAAUUGUGGUAGUGGAAGCAGCACAGAGGUUGUCAUCAUUCUUAGGGGUACAGGUGGCCGCAAUUGACAUUUACACUGCUGGGUGCAUCUCAGAACUUGCAGAGCUAGCCUUAAAUCUUUUGAAAAAUUCAGGUGAUAAUACUCCCACUGUUGAAGGACCGGAUCGCGGGGACUUGGUAGAGUUUUUGAAAGGCCUUGUCUCAGAGAGGACUGGAGUGGCUAUACAGGAGAUUUCUAUUACAGAUAGUCUGGUUUCAUACGGGAUCGAUUCAGUGGGAGUGGUUUAUACAGCUCAAAAGCUUUCAGCUUAUCUGGGUGUCCAUGUUUCUGCAGUUGAUUUAUUCACAGCAAACAAUAUUUCUGAAAUCAAAGCAUUUGCAGAGGAACUUCUUCAGCGAGAAGGAAAGACAACUACGAACAUUAAAAAAGCAGAGAAUGUUAGUUCAUAUACCCAAUGUGUAUUGCCUUCGGCUCUGAAAAGGCUUGCAAUUGGGUUUCUUCAGUUAAUUGGCAUUGUGUAUGCAGCAGCAUUGUUGAUUGUUCCAGCAUACAUCGCAUGUUCAAUUCCCCUUCGUAUUGGUUUGCCUGCUGCUGAACUACUAAAAUUAAAUCCCAUUUUGCUUCUUCUACUUGUCAGCCCAGUUACAUGGAUAUUCUACAUAGUUAUGACGGCCAUUUCUCUGUUUAUAUUUGGAAAUACAUUUUUGCAAGUGAAUUAUACAUUGAAGCCCAAGGUGUCUGUGUGGUCUGUGGAUUUUGUGAAAUGGUGGACUCUAUACCGUGCCAGGGAUUUUGCAUCCACCAUGCUUGCCACUCACCUUCGUGGUACUGUUUUCAUUGUAUGGUGGUACAGGUUUCUGGGUGCAGAUAUUGGAAAAGAUGUGGUUUUAGACAGUACAGACAUUACAGACCCUUCUAUGGUUUCUAUAGCAGACGAAGCAGUGGUCUCAGAAGGAGCGACGGUUGAGAACCAUCAAGUGAAAAAUGGAAUGUUGUUUUUAGGUCCUGUAAGGAUUGGAAGUCGGUCCUCGGUUGGCCCUUAUGCCUUACUUCAAAUGGGUACUGUUUUGGCAGUAGAAUCUGUUGUUCCUUCUCUUCACAGGACAGAAAUUGGGCAAUACUUCGGUAAAAAAAAACCACAUUCAAACCCGAAGGAAGAUGACAAGGACGGCGAUUCAGCAACAACAACUAUUCACGGAUGGCAACUACUGGGCCUAUACACAGUGGUCAUGGUCAGCACUUUAGCUGCAGCAACAGUGUAUCCAUUGUUUGUAUGGCUUUCAAAUACAAUGCAGUUGCCUCAUAUCAACACAUUCUCCGACCGGGGCUUUCUUCUGUUUUCCCUAGCCGGUGCAUUUCAUUGGCCACCUGCCAUUCUCGCAGCUUUGGUUGGACUGAACGAGCCUACAAUUGUUCUGGAAAUUGUGUCUCGAAUAUUGUUAGAAGCAAAAAUCCUGCAGCUUGCAUUCUGUGUUGGAUGCACUUACAUAGCCUACGGCUUUGUGCUAACACUGAUGACCUGCAUUCUCAAAUGGUGCAUUGUGGGAAAGGUCAAGCCAAAUGGGGUGCCUGUGAGAGCCUCGUCCAAUUUGGGCCUUCGAAUUUGGUUCAUACACAGGCUCCUGACGUUGUGUCAUCAAAGAUUUAUUCAGCUCCUAUCAGGGACCGAAGCUUUCUGCAUUUAUCUAAAAUGCUUGGGAGCGAAAAUCGGCAGCACAGCAUCCAUCAGAGCAAUCAACGCCAUAGUCGAUCCAGACCUCUUUCAGCUGGGCUCCAACAGCCACUUGGGCGACUUCUCUAAACUAAUCACGGCGACUCACAACAACCCAAAGAGCUUCACUCUAGGGAAAAUUCAAAUAGGUUCAAACUGUGUGACAGGCACCCAGAGCCUACUUUUACCAGGCUCCACGUUGCAGGAUCGAGUCACGCUGGGAGCAUUGUCUCUGGCACCUGCAGACUGCGUGCUGCAAGCCGGGGGCGUGUACGUGGGAAAAGAAAAGCCAGUGAUGGUGAACGCCCAGGGUCAAUCAGGGGAUCUUCUGUCAGAUAAAAGAAUUCUCCAAAUGGACAAUCAUUACAGAAAAAUUGUGGGUAAUCUUGCAGCACACCUGGCAAAAACAACACUGAAAGUCCAGUCCCGUUAUUUCCACCGCCUGGGUGUGGCGGGAAGAGGCACCCUCACAAUCUUCAAUGAUCUCAAAGGCAUUCCACAGCACGACAUAUUUUCACCCGGCAAGAAAUACCCCAUCAUCAUCCGCCACAGCAACAGUCUCAGCGCAGACGACGACGCUCGCACGGACGCCCGAGGCGCAUCCAUUCAAAUCUUCCCUGAUGAAAACAACCAUACCGACUCCCUCAUCGACCUUACGCUCAAGACAGGAAAAGCGUUCUACGCCAGAACCAUUGCAGACUUCUUUUCAUGGCUAGUCGGUGGGCUCAACCACAGGGAAGAGCAAGUGAAGCGUUUACCCCACAUCCAGGACGCCGUCUGGGGGUCCCUCAGACAGACAAACUCCUAUGCAGAACUCCACUACUACUCCAACAUAUGCCGUUUGUUCCGAUCCAAGCAAAGCCAGACUGAUCACUACGUCAAGUUCAAGCUCCGACCCGCCGACCCACAGAUCAGCGAGGAUGCAGGUACAGUCGACCGGAAGGACCGCCUCCUCCCGCCCGAAACCGGUGCCAUCCCACGCGAGUCGGCAGACACCAGACCCCUUCAUUUCCUCGCAGACGACUUCCGAAACCGGUUGGCGUCUCCCUCGGGCGUCAAUUACAUCCUACAGCUACAGAUCCGGCCCGUACCCCAAUCAAUUGCAGAAAGGGAAGAGGCCCUGGACUGCACGAAGCCAUGGGAUGAAGAAAAAUACCCCUACAUCGACACGGGCGAGAUGAAUUUUAACCAGUUGGUCGAAACAGAAGAGGCUGAGAAGCUGCGGUUCGAACCGUUCAGGCGGUGCCCUGGGCUGGAUGUGGUGCCUGCGUCGUCCUCCCGAGACAGCGCCUCCAUAGAUCACGGACGGUCUCUUGUCUACGACAUCUGCCAGUGCCUCCGCGCCGGUCUGCCGCUUCACCCAGCAUGGAAGAAGCUUUUGGAGCAAUCCGACGUGGACCUCGACUUGAACGUCUGCCCUUUUGCAUCCCCACAGUCGGCCGCCCAGACCCCCAUAAAAGAAGAUGCGAAACCGAUGGCUCCGGUUCGGAGCUGGGCAGUGUCUCUGUGGCUUUUGCUGGCCCAACCGUUGCUACAAACGGGGCUACCCUAUGCGUUGCUUGCUCUGGCCUUCGUUGUGCCUCUUGGGUUGCUCUCAUAUUGGGUACAAAACAGGGAGGACUACACAAGAAUCUUCUUUCCUGUUAUUUUCUUGCCCAUGUUCUAUAUAUUGACGGGGCUUGUUAUGGUAGUGUGGACGGUUGCAUGUAAAUGGAUUAUGGUGGGGAAAAUGAGAGAGAAUGAUAGAGUUGAGUUGUGGGGUCGAGAAGCGUUGUUGGACACCAUUUGGCAAGCAGUGAGGUGUGUGGCUGGUGACCACUUUGUGCAAUUGUGUAGGGGCUCUGUUGCUUUUGGAGUAUAUAUGAAGAGCUUAGGUGCUAGUGUUGCAUGGAUUGAGGGUGCCUAUGUGGAUAGCAUGGAAGCAUUGUUAAAUCCGGAGAUGGUGAUGAUGGGGAGGAAUGCCACAGUGGGGAGGAAUGCCAUGUUGUUUGGGCAUGUGUAUGAGGGAGGAAAAGUGGAAUAUGGUGGGUCUAAGAUUGGAGAGGGAGCUUCUGUGGGCAGUCGAGGAGUGGUGAUGCCUGGUGUGCACAUGGAGGUUGGGACCAACCUACCACCUCUUUCUCUUGCUAUGAAAGGGGAACAAAUUUGCACCUGAUCAAAAUUUGAUAAUAGUGGUCAUUAAUGAUAGUGGUAUCCAUAGCUCUUUGUAGUGCUACGGUUUCAAUCCACCUUGAUUUUGUUGGUAUAGUAGGUGUUGGUGGUAGUUAAUAGCUUUAGAAUUGUUUGAUCCUUCUUGUUGGUCAUUUGUUAUAUUUGAUAUGGUAUUUGGUAUUUGUAAGAGAUAAGGUGUCUUUUCAAUACAUUUUU